CAGAGACACACGCAAGCCCAGCCAAGUAGGAGCAAAGUGGACCAGCUUCACGAAACCAAGGACAAGAGGAGGCAGCACACUUCACAAAGAAGGACUCUGGUUCUCUUACUUGAAUGAAAGGGGAAAAGGAACAAUUUUAAGGAGUUGGAAACAAAAUUCAGAAGACAAAGUUGCCUGCUGGGAGGAAACAAAGACAUCAAAAGUUAUCCCUCCCUUAAGUUGUAUUUUUUCUCGGGGGGAACCGAUUCUGAAUUUUUUUAAUAAUUCAAAACUAAAUUGUACUUUCAAGGGGGUUCUCAAACCCUUAGCUGAGUAUCCGAAGCUCUUACUUGUGUUCAAUACAGGGAUUUCUUUAUUGAUUAAAUAAUGGAAGCGCACCUUUCAAAGAUCUCAACGCUGCCGGCCUCACCAACCGAAUCUGCAGUCUCCGCUGGGAUGGAUGACAGCCGCGCAGUGCAUGCAAACCACAUUUACCAACGAUUUGCAAUUAUCCCACAAAGCUAAGCAAAGGUGUAAACUCAGUUGCAGUAUGAAAGAUAAUCAUCAGCCAUGUGCAAGAUCUAUUUCUGUCAUUCUAUUCUUCUAUACAUAUGAAUACAAAGGUAAGACCUCACCUGUUUUUUCAAGGAAAUGCAUGUUCCUUUUUCUCUCCCAGAUAAAAGCCCCGCCCCCGGUAAAUCCCUUAGCCCCGCCCUGUUGUGUAAAGUGUGCGGAGACACGAGCAGUGGCAAGCACUACGGGAUCUACGCUUGCAACGGCUGCAGUGGAUUUUUCAAGCGCAGCGUUAGGAGGAAACUGAUUUACAGGUGCCAGGCAGGGACGGGGAUGUGCCCAGUGGACAAAGCACACCGCAACCAGUGCCAAGCGUGCCGCCUGAAAAAGUGCCUGCAAGCCGGUAUGAACAAAGACGCCGUUCAGAACGAGAGGCAGCCGCGCAGCACGGCUCAGGUGCGUCUGGACACGAUCGAAGUGGACACGGAGAAGGACCACCUGGCCACCACGCGGGAGCCCACCUCCUCGUUCUGUCCAGUCAUCACGUCUUCCAUGUCGACCCCCUCGCAGCGCGCUCUGAGCCCGCAGAACAACCACCGUUUCAUGGUCAGCCUCAUGACUGCCGAGACCUGUGCCAAGCUGGAGCCCGAAGAUGUGGAUGAGAACAUUGAUGUGACGAGCAAUGAGCCAGAGAGGACCUCCUCAGAGUACCAGAUGUCCCUGUAUCCCUCCAGCAGCCUUGAGAACGUGUACGAGACAUCCGCCAGGCUGCUCUUCAUGGCAGUCAAGUGGGCGAAAAACCUGCCCGUCUUCUCUAACCUCCCCUUCAGAGACCAGGUGAUUCUGCUGGAGGAGGCAUGGAGUGAGCUGUUCCUCCUGUGUGCUAUCCAGUGGUCCUUGCCCCUGGACAGCUGCCCGCUGCUCUCUGUGCCCGAGCUCUCCCCCACCCUGCAGGGUAAGACCAGCUUCUCCGGCCCGGACCUGCGUAUCCUGCAGGAGAUCUUCACUCGCUUCAGGGCCCUGAAUGUCGACCCCACCGAGUUUGCUUGCUUGAAGGCCAUCGUCCUCUUCAAACCUGAGACACGUGGUUUGAAAGACCCCGAGCAGGUGGAAAACCUGCAGGAUCAGUCGCAGGUGAUGUUGGGCCAGCACAGCCGCACUCACUACCCCAGUCAGCCUGUCAGGUUUGGGAAGCUCCUGCUGUUGCUCCCCUCUUUGCGGUUUGUAGCCUCUGAAAGGAUAGAGCUGCUGUUCUUCCACCGGACCAUUGGUAACACCCCCAUGGAGAAGCUGCUCUGCGACAUGUUCAAAAACUAGAGAGGCCGACAAGACCGCCUCC